UCCCUCCAUCCCCGACGCUGCGCCCGCAAACUGCCCGAUCUCCUCCACUUCUCCCCUCCUCUCUCAUCGCCCCCUUUUAUCUCCCGAUCUCACACAUUUUGGGAAGGGAGAGAGAAGCAGAGGAGGCCAUUCUUUACACCCAAGAAAGCCCGGAAGAGAAGGCGAGGGGCGAGGAGGAGGAGGAGGAGGAGGAGGAGACGAGAUGAGGGAGAUCAUCAGCAUCCACAUCGGCCAGGCCGGGAUCCAGGUCGGCAACGCUUGCUGGGAGCUCUACUGCCUCGAGCACGGCAUCAAUCAGGAUGGCACCAUGCCCAGUGACACCACGGUUGGGGUUGCACACGAUGCGUUCAACACGUUCUUCAGUGAGACCGGUGCGGGCAAGCACGUGCCGAGGGCCAUCUUCGUCGACCUUGAGCCCACUGUCAUCGAUGAGGUGCGCACCGGUGCCUACCGCCAGCUCUUCCACCCGGAGCAGCUCAUCUCUGGGAAGGAGGAUGCCGCCAACAACUUCGCCCGUGGCCACUACACUGUUGGAAAGGAGAUCGUAGAUCUAUGUCUGGAUCGUGUACGCAAAUUGGCAGACAAUUGCACCGGGCUGCAGGGAUUCUUGGUGUUCAAUGCUGUCGGUGGUGGAACUGGAUCAGGACUGGGUUCUCUGUUGUUGGAGCGCCUCUCGGUUGAUUAUGGCAAGAAAUCUAAGCUUGGAUUCACCAUUUACCCUUCCCCACAGGUCUCAACAGCUGUUGUAGAACCAUACAACAGUGUCCUCUCCACUCACUCUUUGCUUGAGCACACCGACGUUGCGGUCCUCCUAGAUAACGAGGCUAUCUAUGACAUAUGCCGGAGGUCUCUUGACAUUGAGAGGCCAACCUACACCAACUUGAACAGGCUGAUAUCACAGAUCAUAUCUUCUCUUACCACCUCCCUGAGGUUUGAUGGUGCCAUCAAUGUGGAUGUCACAGAGUUCCAGACCAACCUUGUCCCUUACCCACGUAUCCAUUUCAUGCUUUCGUCGUAUGCCCCUGUUAUCUCUGCCGAGAAGGCUUACCAUGAGCAGCUCUCUGUGCCUGAAAUCACCAAUGCUGUCUUUGAGCCCUCAAGCAUGAUGGCCAAGUGUGACCCUAGGCAUGGAAAAUAUAUGGCCUGCUGCUUGAUGUACCGUGGUGAUGUUGUUCCCAAGGAUGUCAAUGCCGCGGUAGCAACCAUCAAAACCAAGAGAACUGUCCAGUUCGUCGACUGGUGCCCUACCGGGUUCAAGUGUGGCAUCAACUACCAGCCACCUUCCGUCGUCCCCGGAGGUGACCUGGCAAAGGUUCAGCGCGCCGUGUGCAUGAUCAGCAACAACACCGCUGUCGCCGAAGUGUUCUCGCGCAUCGACCACAAGUUCGACUUGAUGUACGCCAAGCGUGCGUUCGUGCACUGGUACGUCGGCGAGGGAAUGGAGGAAGGUGAGUUCUCGGAGGCUCGUGAGGACUUGGCCGCCCUCGAGAAGGACUACGAGGAAGUUGGCGCCGAAGGCGCGGACGACGAGGGCGACGAGGGCGAUGACUACUAAGUAGCUGGUUAAUAAGGUAGUUGGCUGGUUAAUGAUUGGCUUUGAUCUGUAUACUCGGUAAUUUGGUUCCGUUGCGUUACAUAUUGAUUGCUGUUAUGCGUGUUUCCUUUCCUGUAAUGUACUGAAGAUGUUGUUAGGGUGGCCAUGAUUGUUGAUACCCCAUUUCCACAUUUUGGCUUUCGAUGCUACUCGUCCCGAGUUUGGUGUGCAUGCGCCAUUCUGAGCCGAUCUGCAAAUAUUUGUAUGCUCUCUAAUGUACUGUGCCAUGUUAGUACCACGGAGGUUUCUGUUUAUUGACUA